AUCAUAGGACAGAUUUAGAAAUAGAAGAAAAGGAUGAAGAAACAAAAGCACUUGAAGCACUUCUUUCUAAUAUAGCCAAGCCAGUGGUAUCAGACAUUCAGGCAAGAACAGCACAGCUUAUGUGGUCCCCUCCAUCCAGUGAUGCCAGAGAAGACACCGACAAGAAUGACCUACCAGAUGUUUAUAUUUACGAAGUGAUGAUUUCAAAUACCGGAAAAGAUGGAAAGUACAAAACUGUAUACGUUGGAGAAGAAAAUAAAGUUACUGUAAAUGAUCUCAGGCCAGCAACUGAUUACCAUGCAAAAGUCCAAGUAGAAUGCAACUGUGUAAAGGGGAGCCCUUCAGAAGCAGAGAGUUUUACCACAACGAGUUGUGAACCUGAUACUCCAAAUCUGCCCAGGAUAACUAAUCGGACCAAAAAUUCUCUUACUCUGCAGUGGAAGGCAUCUUGUGAUAAUGGUUCUAAAAUCCACAGUUACCUUUUAGAAUGGGAUGAAGGAAAAGGAAAUGGAGAAUUUUGCCAGUGUUAUUAUGGGCAACAGAAGCAGUAUAGGAUUACUAAACUGUCACCAGCAAUGGGGUACACCUUUAGGCUAGCAGCCAAAAAUGACAUGGGAAUGAGUGGUUUUAGUGAAGAAGUCCUGUAUCAUACCUCAGGCACUGCCCCAACCACACCAGCAAGUCCUUUGCUGAUUAAUGCUGGAGUUACUUGGUUAACCCUACAGUGGACAAAACCCUCAGGAACACCAUCAGAUGAAGGAAUCUCGUAUAUAUUAGAGAUGGAGGAUGAGAACUCAGGAUAUGGUUUCAAGCCAAAAUAUGAUGGUGACGACCUUACCUACACAGUGAAGAAUUUGAGGCGUAGUACAAAAUACAAAUUUAGGGUCAUUGCCUAUAACUCAGAAGGGAAAAGCAGUCCAAGUGAGACAGUAGAAUACAUAACUUGUCCAGACAAGCCUGGAGUACCUUCAAAACCCACAGUGAAAGGAAAAAUUCAUGCACAGAGUUUUAAAAUAAUCUGGGAUCCUCCAAAAGACAAUGGAGGAGCAGCAAUAAAUACAUACGUUGUGGAAAUGUCUGAAGGCCUAAGUGGAAACAAAUGGGACACAAUAUACAGUGGAGUUGCCAGGGAACAUGUGUGUGACCGACUCAAUCCUGGUUGUUCCUAUCGCUUACGUGUAUAUUGUGUUGGGGAAGGAGGACAAAGCACGGCAUCCGAUCCUUUACUAGUGCAGACACCAGCAGUGGUUCCUGGUCCAUGCCAGCCUCCAAGGCUACAGGGUAGACCAAGAGCAAGAGAAGUUCAGCUGCGCUGGGGACCACCUCAGGUAGACGGUGGUUCACCCAUUACCUGUUACGGUCUGGAAAUGUCUCAGACAGAAACUGAUGAACACAGAGAGGUUUACCAAGGCUCUGAUGUUGAAUGCACAGUAGGCAGCCUUCUUCCAGGGAGGAUGUACAACUUCAGACUGCGAGCGGCUAACAAGGCUGGGUUUGGACCUUAUUCGGAAAAAUGUGAAAUAACUACAGCACCUGGACCACCAGAUCAGUGCAAGCCCCCUCAAGUGGCAUGCAGAUCUGCUGCAUGUGCUCAGGUGUUGUGGGAGGUUCCAGUGUGUAACGGAGCUGACAUCACAGAGUAUCGACUGGAGUGGGGCGGUGUGGAAGGAUGCAUGCAGAUCUCUUAUUGUGGGCCUGGGCUCAACUGUGAAAUGAAAGGGCUUUUGCCUGCCACGAUAUACUAUUGCAGGGUUCAGGCAGUGAAUGUUGCAGGUGCAGGCCCUUUCAGUGAAGUAGUGGCAUGUAUGACUCCAGCCUCUGUACCUGCAGUUGUGACUUCUCUUCAGGGACUAAGUGAAGAUGAAGUUGAAAGUCCACACUAUUCUCCUUCCACAUGCCUUGCUGUAAGCUGGGAAAAACCUUGUGACCAUGGAUCUGAAAUCCUUGGCUACAGCAUAGACUUUGGAGAUAAGCAGCCAAUAACUGUUGGGAAGGUUCUAAGCUAUAUUAUAGAUGGCUUACAGCCAGAUACUACCUACAGAGUACGAAUUCAAGCCCUAAACAGUCUUGGAGCGGGUCCUUUCAGCCACACCAUAAAACUGAAAACAAAGCCUCUCCCACCAGAUCCACCUCGCCUGGAGUGUGCUGCAUACAGUUCUCAGACUCUCAAGCUGAAAUGGGGAGAGGGAACUGCAAAAUCAUUAACUGACUCCAUUCAGUACCACCUUCAAAUGGAGGAUAAGAAUGGAAGGUUUAUAUCCUUAUACAGAGGACCAUGUCAUACAUACAAAGUACAAAGACUCAGUGAGUCAACAUCAUACAAAUUUUGUAUUCAGGCAUGUAAUGAAGCUGGUGAAGGUCCCCUUUCUCAAGAAUAUGUUUUCACUACUCCCAAAUCUGUUCCAGCUGCCUUGAAAGCACCAAGGGUAGAGAGAAUAAAUGAUCACACUUGUGAAAUCACAUGGGAGGUUCUGCAGCCCAUGAAGGGUGAUCCAGUUAUCUACUGUCUUCAGGUCAUGGUGGGAAAAGACUCAGAAUUCAAGCAGAUUUAUAAGGGUCCAGACUGGUCAUUCCGAUACACAGGCCUCCAGCUGAACUGUGAAUACCGUUUCCGCGCGUGUGCCAUUCGACAGUGCCAAGAGACAGUGGGUCAUCAGGACUUGAUAGGCCCCUACAGUGCACCAGUGCUAUUCAUCUCUCAGAGGACUGAACCACCGGCAAGCACCAACAAGGACACUGUGCAGACCACAAGGACACAAUGGUCACAGAGUGACCAAGUGUGUGCUGCUGUCAUCCUUGCACUUUUUGCUAUCUUUUCCAUUCUGAUUGCCGUCAUCAUUCAGUACUUUGUAAUAAAGUGAAGAAA